AUGGCUGUGGCAGGAUGUGUGCAGCCGGCCGACUGGAGCGGGGUCGAGGAGGGCCCCCAGCCAGCCCGGCCCAGCCUGACCUCCAUCUCCUCGGGGGAGCUGCGGAGCCUGUGGACCUGUGACUGCGAGCUGGCCCUGCUGCCCCUGCAGCAGCUGCUGCACAUGCAGCCGGGCUUCUUCCAGCUGCUGGGAGACCAGCUCCUGGUCCUGGGGCCUAGGCCUCAGGAGGCCCCACGUGGGGGCUUCAACGUCUUCUGCGAUGGCUUCGUGCGCCUGGACCGGCAGCUCUACAGAGUCAGCAACUACUUAAAGAGGUAUGUGGAACUGACCAACUAUUGUGAUUACAAAGAUUACCGGGAAACCAUAUUGAGUAGACCGAUGCUGUUCUUUAUUAACGUCCGAGCAGAAGGAGACUCCUCAAAAGAAAAGACAUAUGCAUUUCUUGUGAAUACACGACACCCCAAGAUCAGAAGACAGAUUGAGCAUGGGAUGGAUACAGUCAUUUCCUCAGUGAUUGGAGAAAGCUACCGACUUCAGUUUAAUUUCCAAGAAGUGGUCAAGAAGUUUUUUCCUCCAGGAAAUGAAGUGGUUAACGGAAAAGACUUGAAUUUUGUGUACGAAUUUAAAGCCGAUGCCUUGUUUGAUUUCUUCUACUGGUUUGGCCUCAGCAAUACCACAGUUAAUAUUAGUGGAAAAAUCCUGAAUUUGUCUAGUACUAGCCCAGAAAAGAAGGAGACAAUAAAAUUAUUUCUGGAAAAAAUGAGUGAACCUCUCGUCAGAAGAAGCAGUUUCUCAGAUAGGAAGUUCAGUGUUACUUCCAGAGGCUCAAUAGAUGAUGUUUUUACCUACAGUCUGUCACCUAGAUCAUCUUUGACGGAUCCUCUUCUAGAAGAAUUUCCAAUUUCAGCAGUCCUGGAAUCCGAAGAGAGACCCAACAAAUUUAUCCGAUUUGUGUAAAAUUGUCGGAGUUUGUUUUCAGACUGAAAAACGUGUGCCUAGACUUUGGGGUCACAGCUGGAGGUGGUGGCAAUAGAGGACCUUCCCCCAUUUUUUAUUCUCUUUUCUUUCCUUAAGAGAGGUCAGUCCCUCUCCAUCCACAUUCAUCAGAUCCCCAUAGAGAGGCCUUUUUUUAAAAAAAAAAUUCUACAAGAUGUGAUGACCCAGCAGCUCUGAUUGCUAAAUCAUUUUAGAGACAUGCUCACCAGAGCUGAGGGUGCUCUCCUUUAGGCCUGUGGGAGAAGUUGUGCUUUUGGCUACCGCUUUUCUACCUCGUGGUGGUACAACCUGGAACAUUUUCUAACUUGUUUUGUGGAAAUCAUCAGAGCUAAGGGCAUUCCUACCGUGAGUUUGCCCAAUAACUGGGAACAUUCCUAUCUUAAUUCCAACCUAAGCAGGUUUAUGGUAACCACUGUGGUGACUGGUGCUCUGGUCUUUUAAACCCAGGAGUGUGAUAGAUUCUUUAGCACCAAGAACCGAGUUUGUCUUCCAUGUUGCUCAUGUAAAAUAUCUAAGUUGGUAUUCUUCUGGAGGGUUAGUUUGACGGAGAACUGUACCCCUGUCUGGAAUGUGAACUCCUCAGACCUUCCCAGGUUCAAAGUGACCUGAGUAGCCCGGGAGGUGGUAGAGUAAAGGAAGAGGAAUAUUGGAUUUGGAGAUAGAAUACCUGGGUUCAAGUCAUAGCUCUGCUUGUUACAGCUUGUGUUGUGCCCUUCUCUGGACCUCACUUUCCCCAUCUGUAAAGGGAGGAGCUUGGAUUAGGUGGCUUCUAAGAACCUUCCAGCUUGAAAUGUGUGAUCUUGAAAUCCUACAAAGCUAGGUGAUACCCCGUGUUGAGCCGUGAAGGUAAUGAAUACUUUAAUUUUCUCCUUCAUUCAAAACAGUGCAUGAUUGUUAUUUUCAUACUUUGAAAGAGCUUAUAGCAAUCUGAAUACUAGAAACUGAAUGGAAGAAGUGUUAUCUCUACCACAAUGCUUUUUAACUGCAAAAAAAAAAACAAACAAAAAACCCAAACAAAACCAAACAAAAAAAUUGCACUUUCCAGCUACCUUGAGAUUUUCAAGAAUUAAGAUCAGUCCAAUGCAAUAAACAUUUAUUAGGAACCUACUGUGUGCCAGGUACUGUGCAAAGCAGUAGCGAUAUAAUUAAAAUUAAAAAAGUCUCUUCCCUCAAGGAAGUUACAGACUAAAGUGGGAGACAAUAGACAA